UCAACCUGACUCCCCGCGCGCGGCACACGCGUCUUCGGAUUGGCCGGAUUGCCGCCCAAUAGGAAAGAAGAGCCGGCGUCUGCUAUUUACAUAAAUUCCUAGCGGUCCCGGCGGCGCAGCCGGCCGUCCAAUCGGAUUCUAGCGAUUUGGAGCCUUCAUUUGAAUAUGGAGACGAUAAAUAGCGCUGCCGGCGCGGCCCCCGCGCAUCUGGGCGCCGCCCCGCCGCCGCCCCGCUGGCCAUGCCGGAGCCCUCCCGCUCGGCGCCCGCGCCCAAGAAGGGCUCGAAGAAGGCGGUGACCAAGGCGCAGAAGAAGGACGGCAAGAAGCGCAAGCGCAGCCGCAAGGAGAGCUACUCCAUCUACGUGUACAAGGUGCUGAAGCAGGUGCACCCCGACACGGGCAUCUCGUCCAAGGCCAUGGGCAUCAUGAACUCGUUCGUCAACGACAUCUUCGAGCGCAUCGCCAGCGAGGCGUCGCGCCUGGCGCAUUACAACAAGCGCUCGACCAUCACGUCCCGCGAGGUGCAGACGGCCGUGCGCCUGCUGCUGCCCGGGGAGCUGGCCAAGCACGCCGUGUCCGAGGGCACCAAGGCCGUCACCAAGUACACCAGCUCCAAGUGAGGCGCGCCGGGCGCCCCGGAACCCAAAGGCUCUUUUCAGAGCCACCUCUGUGCUCAGAAAGGAGCGUGCCACCCGGUCUGAUUGUGAUGUGCUGCUCCGUGGGCGUCCUGGGGCACUGGAGUGCGCGACGGGGCGCAA